GGAUGAACAGAACUUGGAAACAAUGAGGAACAUUGGCAUGACAUACGAAGACGAAGAAAAAAUAAUUGCAAUGAGAGAUUAUAUAUAUAAAUUAUCUGUUUCUAAAAUGAAUACUCGCCCAAGAUUGGAUGAGAGUAUCAAGAUGGAGAAUGUUGUCGGGACACCAAGUCCUUAUCGGAUAUCAAGUGCAAAAAGUAGUAAAGCGUCAUUGGUAGAACCAUCAGUUUCACGAGUUUCUAGUGAUAGUAAUCUCCAGCUUCUCAAAGCCGAAGAUCAAGCUCGCUUGAUUCCUACUAGUCUUCGAGAAGCGAGAAUGAAUUCGGAAGGAAAAGCUCCAGCUAAACCUGUAUCGUCAUCACAUCAACCUGAACUUGUUACCAGUACUUUAUCUUCUACAAUUCAUCGAAAGAAUGUGCCAGCUCCUAUUGCAAUCAACGCAGCUAACAAGAACCCUCAAGAUUCCUUAACUCCUUCCUUUUCGACACCGGUACGUGAAAGGCACAUUUCUUUAGCCAAAAGACCAGUUGAAAGUCCGAAGGCGGCACCUGCAACCAGUACCAAUACGACAACUGUUAUUGGAACCAUGGAGAUGCCUAUUCCCGCAGUUUCCAAACCAGAUAUAACCAUAAAUGGUAUCAAUGGAAAUGUUGGUCCACAGAUCAAAGAAAUUCCACCGAGAAAAAACCUUGGCGCAUUUGUUUCCAGCACAUAUG